UUUUUUGGUAAGUUCCUUACCCGUCCGAAGAAUGUACAUAUGUAAGUCCGUUCAUGGACUCGCUUAAACUUUCCACCCAGGGGUGGGAACGCCGUAAAUAACCGAGGCUCCCAUGCGUCCUCUUCUAUCCGGUCCAGCUCCAACCGAAAGUAUUUACAAAACGAAAACAUCGCCCAAUUGAAGAAGCAUCGAGCCUCCGAAGCCCGACAGUCUCUCAAAAGCAGCACAGAUGUCGUUGUUCAGAUCAGCAGCACCGCGGCUAUGCGCUCGCCAGGUCCAGCGCUGCGCUUACUCGACCGCACCGUCUCCAGUCCUCAACGUCAGAAGCGUGCCAGCACCGCAUUCCGGCAGCAUACGCAUCCUCUCUCUCAACCGGCCGGCUGCGCGCAAUGCGAUAUCGAGGCAGCUGCUCGCCGAGCUUAGCCACCACAUCAACGGCAUCCACAGCGAGGGCGAGACGGGGCCCACCAGAGCUUUGAUCUUGGCCAGCGACGUCGACACAAGUUUCUGCGCAGGCGCGGACCUGAAGGAGAGAGCCACAUUCACACCCGAGGAUACCACAAACUUCCUCACCUCGCUACGGGGCACGCUGACCUCGAUCUCCCAACUGCCAAUCCCCACCAUAUCCGCACUCGCAGCACCCGCGUUUGGCGGCGGGCUCGAACUAGCAUUGACGACACAUAUGCGCGUCUUCGGAUCCACAACCACCGUCGCGCUGCCCGAAACGCGAUUAGCUAUCAUCCCCGGCGCGGGAGGAACGUACCGCCUCCCCGCCCUCAUCGGGCUAUCGCGAGCCCGCGACAUGAUACUGACGGGCCGCAGAGUCGGCGCGCCAGAAGCAUAUUUCCUAGGGCUCUGCGACAGGCUCGUUGAAGUUACGCAGGAGGACGCGCAGACGCCUGGGGCGGCGCGGACAAAGGUUCUGGAUGAGGCUGUUAGGCUGGCGAUGGAGAUUUGCGAGGGUGGACCUGUUGCUAUCAAGGCUGCGCUUGCGGCUGUUGAAGGGUGUGCUCUGGGGGAGAAGGCGGAGAAUGCGGCGUAUGAUAUUGUGGUGAAGACUAAAGAUAGGGAUGAGGCGCUGGUCGCGUUUAGAGAGAAGCGGAAACCUGUGUUUAAGGGGUACUAGCUUGUGUAGAUGAAAUAAUACUAGGGACGUCAGAUACCAU